UUUUAGUUUUCUUCUAUUUCCUUGUGCCUCCGUGGAUAUUCCUAUUCAAAAACUAGCUCUUGAUGGUUCCACUUUCUCUCUUGACCCUUUAUUUUCUUUGAAUAUUAAGGUUAUUCCUUUGGUGUAUAUUUUUUUUCCUACUGUGGCCAGCUUUCAGAUAACUAGAGCUGCUCUUUAGUUCAAAUGUUUUGCUUACAGCUGAUUAACCAGUCUUAUCUGUGCCUCCUGGACUCCUGUUUAUGGUGUGUUAGUAUCCAGAGGGCUCAGUAAAUUCCACACUCUCUGUGAAGCCAUGCACUAAAACAGAGUUACUCAGGUGUCUGUCUUGAACCUGAGGUGAUCAUGGGGGAGUGGGCCUGCCCCUCACAAAACUGCUCACUGUGGUGUUCCCAAGUGUCGCAGAUCUGCAGUUCAGACUUGUAAAGGCCAGCCCAUCUUUUUCUCAUUUUUUUGUGUUCCUUUUCUCUUAGUGCUAAGAGCUGUUACACUUUUUACACAUUCUGAAUAUUUCAGAUCAUUAAAGCCUGUGCAACCAUCAAAGUGUUUUUAGCUUUGGUGUUUUAAAAGAUAAAAAUUUAAAUACUGAAGUGAAGGCUACAUUGAGAGAUCAUGACUGUGCACUAGGACCACCCAGAACUCUCUCACAAUCCCAGCAUAUUCUGAGUUGGAAGGGACCCACCAGGGCCAUGGAAUCCAGCUGUUAGUGAGUGGCUUGUAGAGGGACUGAACCCAGAGCCUUGGUGUUCUCAGCAUCCUGCUCUCACCAGCUGAGCUAAUUGUGCAGUGUGGGUUUGGGUUGGGAUUUUUGUUUUAAUACUUGAAAGCUUUUCGGAUGCUCUCUUCUUUCUGCCCUGUUUUUGUUUAGACCAUGAGACCCAAAUACCUGGCUCUGGAUCAAUGUACGUGGAACUUGGAGUGUCUGGUACUUUCCCUGCACAGAUCUUUGUCAAGUGCUGGGUGCAAAGGUUGUAAAACUGCUUUGUUGGAGAAAUGCUGCAGGAAGUAUCAGUAGUAGUUAAAGUCUCAAGUGCUGGGCUUCUAGGAAUUCCCUUGGGAAGUUACUCCACAAAUUAGUGCUCCUUAUGUCAUCAGCUUUUUCUCAGUGUGUAAUCUCCCUGGAGUGCACUCUGUUAACGCUUUUUAUGCUGUAGGUAUUAAUUCCACGGUCAAGAUUGUCCCUUUAAUUUUAGGCAGUUGUUUUUAGGAGAAAUGAGUGGCAGCUACAUAAAUCUGCUAACAUUCCUGGGCUUCCACUGUGCUCCCAAAGCAUGAGGCAUAAGCCAGCUCAUUUCCUUGUGAUCCCAUAGUUUUUACACCAGCUCACAUAGCAGGGGGUGGCAGAAGUUUUUGGACCCACAUAAUUAUGAAGUUCUAAUUAAAGCUCUGAUUUCAGAUUCAGAUUGGCACACAUGGAGUUGCAGCAGUAGAAAGCCAAAAUGUAAAUACAGUAUGUCAGUGUAAGUCAGCUGAAUCAGUUCUGGGUGGAUUCAAGGUCUCUCUCUUGCCUCAUGAUGGGUGAUAAGGGUUCAGUUCUGUAGCUGAAACAGCUGUGUGUGUGUUUCUAGGAUUUAAGUGUGAUCAUGUGACAGUUUCCUGGACAGUGCUGUAGGUAAUACAUCAUCCUUUUAUAGGGAUGUAUAAGACAAUAUUUCCUAGAGCUUUUAGAACUUGAAAGUAACUGCUCCCAAGUGUGCAUUAGGCAGAAGGGCUGUGCCUUGUGUGUUUUGAGGAUGUGAAAUUCAAGUUUCAGCCUCUGGAAUAAAAUGAUUAUUAUAAAAUUGCAUGCUAAUAACACAUUUAGUUUAAAAGUAGCAUAGUAGAAUUUAUGCAACAAACAUUUAAAACAUUCUAUGUUCUAUGUUUUAAAGGUGCUGUCUGUUGGGAUAAACCUAGCAGUGCCAUUCUCUGGUUCAGAUACCAUGCAGGUAACUGCAAAUCAUUGGUCUUUUCAGCAUUAACAGCCUUCUCUAAAUUCAGUUGAAAUGCUCGUAAGAGAUACUAUUGCCAGUCACAUCAGCUUAGUUUUUUUUAUCCAUAGAAAAUUUAAUCUUUGAAUCUCUGAAAGAUUUCAAAGGUAUAUGAAAGAUUGUUAUUCCUGAUUGAGAGAUUUCUUGGAAGCUGGCAGGUCUGCAGGACAACGUUUUUUGCUUGGCUGGGAACCCAGCUGGUGCUGAGAAAUACAGGAUGAGAAUACAGUUCUUGUCUUAAACAUCCUGUAAUCCCAGUAAGGGGAUGUGAGACAACAUGUGGCUUUAGGGAGAUUAGGGGGAGAGGAACAAAGAAAUGCAUGGCAGCACUGACUGGUACCUCACAGAACUCCAUCCGGUGUUCUGAGGCAGCUCUCAAUAAUUUUAGCCAGGGGGUUGAAGGCUCAGUGGUGCCAGUAGCAUUGUGGAAGCAACUCCCAAGCAUGAGCAAUGGCACGGAUUGCCAAAAAAUAAAAUGAAAAGCUAAUGACUUCUGUUUUUCUAUAUAAAGAUUAGUGUAAGGGUGUUAUUUCCCUCCUGCUCUUGUGUAAAAGCAAUAGCCUGUUUUGAGAGUUUUAUAUUGCCAAAGCAAGUUGAAUGGAGUAUAUAAUAUAAUUACAUAUUAUAAUCAAUUAUACUUAGCACUAGAUCUAAAAUGUCUCCAUAGCUGGUGGUAUACAGUUGUGUAAAAUUUUCCACUUUGUGCCAUUCUAUCCAUGUGAAGGCUUUUCUUCCUUGCAUCUCUCUGAGCUAAUUCUCCCUUACUUCUGCAGUCCCUGUGUCCCCCAAUGCCCUUCCCUGGUCGGCAGCUCUUGGGGUGUGGUUCCAGGUGCCAGGAAGAGCUCAGUGCUGUGGGCUGCACUCUGUCACUGGGAAAUGGUGUGAACUGGGCCUGGACAGUCAGACUGAACUUCCCUCAGAGAAAGGGAGGUACUUGAGUGACAUCUAAACAGAUGAAAACUUCCUGAAAAAUCAGUUUCCUGUCACAGAUGUGGAAUAAGGGAGAAGAAACGAAUUCCCAUUAUAAUAAAACUUAAUUAUAUGGAUGAUACUGGAGUUUCUGUUUGGGAUGUGAGCCAUGGCUAAGUUGGGCUCUGAUAACAGAGUUUUAGAGCGGAGAACGUAAGUUUUUUAAGUUUUGUGAUGGAAAAGUUUAGCUUAGAACUUCUUGUCCAUUCUCCCUAGGUUGAGGAGAGUGAGGGCUGAUUCAUGAUCUGCGCUGCCAGAUCAGAGUUGCCUUUUAUGUUUGAAAAUUGGUCUGGUGCUGUGGGGUUUUUUAGGUAUUUUCUCCAUUGACAUUUUCUUCUUUCCUUUAUUUUCACUUAUGAGAAAUACAGUAAAUAAAACUACUGGUGAAUAAAAGUACAUUAUUUUCCCCUAAAAAAUGGCAUGAGUGGUUGCCAAAAUACUUCUGAAAAAAAUCAGCAUCUCUGAAACAGCCAUCAGGGAGCAUGGACCAAAGACUAAGUACCUAUCAAAUAUAUUCUGCUGCAGAUCCUCUGUGCUUGGUCUGGGGAGCAGUUGUCUAUAAAAUGUCCAGUUGUACAUCUCUGUAUACACCAAUUUUUAUUCAAGAACAUGUUGGGUGAUUUCCUCUUAAAAUCUCCCUACUCAACUUUGUUUCCCUUUCCUGUUUUCAAACCCUGUGUGAGACUCCUGGGAGAACUGCUUUGUCAAGGUUGUCUGCAUUGUACUGCAGAAGUUUUGAUAACAGAAAGUUCUGGCAGUAGAAUUUAAAUUGGUUUCUAAACUAAAAAUACUCCUCUGGCUUAGAAGAAAAUUGAGUAGGAAGAGAAGUAGCUGUGGUCCCCUCGGUGGCAGCUGGUUGACAGUGGCUUCCAAAGAAGGUUGCAGUGCUGUCUUGUGCUGGGAUUGGAGAGGAAUGUUCCUGCUUGAGGAGCUGGGAAGUGAUGGAUGGGUUUGGUGGUGCCUGAGGAUAUUGAUUAAACCGAUUGUUUUCUCGAGUGUUCAAAGAGGAAUUAAUGUGUUGCCAAGAGGCAUCUUUAUUGAGAUGGCUGAGCUGUCCUGGUCCGUGGGCACAGAGCACUCCAGCACACCUUCCUCUGCCUUUGUUUUCAUUGCUAGCUUACAAAUGCACAUCAGGCCAUCUAAAUAGGGACUGAGUGACUGAGAGUUCCUGGAUAUUGUGUUGGAGUCUUUUGUAAGGCCAGAAAACAUUCCCUGGGGCUGGGCAAUGCCUUAGGAAGUGAUGGCAUUUUCUGAGCACGGUGCAGGGAGCAAAGGGCAAAGAUUCCCCUGCUCUCCUGGAGGAAUUACACAGAGUCCCCCAGUGAUAUAAUUUGGUAUUCGGCGUCUCCUGAGCCUCGCAGCCACAGCCCACGAGUCUCCCUUUCACACUGUGGCCCUGGACAGGACACUCUACUCUAAGGUUCUCAUGUUCAAGCAUUUUUGUUCAGUGUGGAAAAAUGGUUUUCAUUGCUUUUUGUUUGCUAUGGAAAUUUGAUGAACUUAAUCUAUAACUUCCAAAGCAAGUUCUAACUCUUGUGAGUUUCUGCAGCUUAGAAACAUGUUAUUAUUUUAUACUCAUAGGAGAAGUGGUAACUACUAUUUGUAACUUCUCAAAAUACAGCAAUUGUGACUUUUGGAAAACAUCAUUAUGUGAAAAUUUUACACUGCACGGUGAAAAAGAUUAAUUUAUCCAUCUUCUUAAAGCCUCAAAGUUUGAACUUUACCACUUAGUUUGUUAAAAAUACAUUUAGAAUUUUUCCUGUCAGGGACUUUGUGAACACAAGGACUUUCAAACAGAACUAUAACUUUGACAUAGGACUUAGUAAAAAUGUUCUGUUGUUUCUUAUGUGGGGGGUGGACUCAAAAAGAACAAGGCAGUCCCUUCUGCACUUAAAAUGCAAUUUGUUGUAGUUUUUUUUCCUUGAACUUCAGCUAAAGAAGUUGACUGUAUUUCUCCAAAUAUGAAGAAAAAUAGUCUCACUGUCUUCUGAUGAUGGUUAAAUUGGGUUCCCAUGGUGUUCAGGCAAAAACAGUGCAGUUUUUAUUUUUUCAAAGAGUUAGACAAACAUUAAUUCAUUAGUCACAACUGUCCCUAUAUGAAGGUAAUAAUGUCUUUAGCAAUUUUUCAUAGCUGUGUGUUCAUGCAGGAUGUGCAGUAAUAUUCAGUAGCCAGCAGAAUGUUUUCUCUGAUAAAAUUUUGAGAUAAGUAUUUUUAGUUGAUUUGGGCGGUUUUUUAGUGCUUUUUUGUGUCCCCCACAUUUCUAUUUCACCCAACAAGGAAUUUAUAAGUAUUUGUGGAUGUCUUGGUCAAAUUCUGGUGGUGUGGUUGGGUUGAUCUAGGGGCAGGGUGGUGUUUGCAAGAAGAAAUAAUUUCUCGUAGUUCUCAGGGAAACUCUUAUUGUUUCUCAGAGUUCUGUGCUGGGAGUCUUGGGGAACAUUUUUUCAUUUCUACUUUCUGGCUGAACUGAACAAUAUCUCUGUACAGAACCUUGUGUCAAAGCCCACGAGUGGAUCUGACAUCUGUAGUGUUGUUGUGAACUGCCCUUAGCUCCAUGCUGUGUUCUGUAGCCGUAGGUGCAGAGCUUUGCCCCUGGAAUAUUGCAAAGAUGAGUUUGUGUCUUGGCUAAGAGUGUGGCCGCUGCACAUGCAGAUGUGUUUUGGGAAUGUGCUUUGGGAAUGCUCUGCAGUGCUGGGUGACAGGGAAUCCAGCAGAUUUCACUGAGAGGAGCUCCCCAGCAUUUUUCUACCUGGAACAGCAGGUAGGACAGACAUGGGUCUGGGGAAUCUGGCUCCUGACUUUGGUGCAAUUUUAGUGAAAUGCAUCAAAUCCAACAUGGUCCAGCCCACCCCAAGUGUAGGUGUGGAAUUGGGGGGUGUUAGGACGUGGGAUCUGUGAGACCUUUCCCUGCUGUCAUGUCCAUGCACCAACUUCUGUGAGUCUGAAUAUGUUCAGUUUUCUUGUUUUUUAGGAAGUACCCAGAUCUCCCACCCCUCUAAAACAGAUCCCACACAUUUGUUGUAUUCCUCUGCAGAUGGCUGGCAGACCUUUUUUGCUGCUCAUUAUAUGCCUGCCUGUCUGUCAUCAGAUAGUUUUGCAAAUAGUGCUUUUAGGGGGUUUAUCCAACUCAGGAAAUGCUGCUUUUGUGAGGGUGUUUUCUGUUGUGUUUUGCCUUAAAGCUUCGUUGAGCUGCUGUUCAUUCUUCAGUGGGCUCCAGCUGAUCAUUUCUUGGGUGAGAGGAUGCUGUGUGGAGUGGCAGGGAGCAGUUCAGGGAAGGUGGUGGGGAGAGCAGGGCUUUUCCUUCCCACGGUGCUGAAGCUGUGGAGCUGCAGGUAGAGGGCUGGCUGAGCACAAACCCCUGUGCAGUGGUGUCAGGGUUGCUGGGAACCUGUUCCUGUCCUUCAGGAGCUCCUGAGCUCUGAAGCUUGGAUGUGACAAGUUGUUGGAGCUUUCUGGCUGUUGCUAAUUAUUUUAGUAGAAACAAUCAGAUGAUGUUUAAUCGCAAAAUGGAAAGGCUGACAAGUGUAGCAGUGCAGCUGUCAAAGCUGCAGCUGUGGAUAUGACUUUGGGGUCCUUGGCAUGUAGAAGUCUGUGUGUGCUUCAGGUGGGUAGAGCUUCCUGUUCCUCAGAGCAUGGUAGAGGCUCAGCAUUUCUGUUUCUGUAAUCGUGGUUUAAAAAUAAACUCGUGCUCACCAUGCAGUUUGGUGGGCACAGAUUGGUGGGUGAGCUCCCUCGAUGCCACAGUGGCUUUGAGGCUGGGCUGGCCCACCCCCAGUGCUGGCUGAGCACCACAGCACCAGAGCGCUUCUGGUGAUCCUAGUGCAGCCAAGAUCAAAGGCUGACAGACGGUGGCAGUGAACCCCAGGGAUACAUUUGUAUUUGUAAAAAAAUGUGACUUACUUUUUUUACUUUGUGAAAUUGAGAUUUAAUAAUGAAAUAAUUCUUAAGACUUUGAGUUGUUGGAAAAGCCAAGAUAAUUUUCAGUGAUAAUGUUCCAGUAGCAUUUCCAAGGAUCCUAAAUUAGAUAUUUGUGUUUAGCCCUUUCCUGAGGAUAGGUGAGAAUGGCUGGAGGUACCUGCUCAAGCCUUUUUUCCCAGUGAAUUUCAUCCAUUAGGAACAUAUUUGCUGGAUACAAACACCUAACAAUUGUUUUGAUUCCCAGUUCUUUUCCUCCCUUUGGUCUCAGAGACACAAUUUGCAGAUGCUUCCCCUGUCUCUGUGGCUGUGAAAUAAUGCUCAUUAAGGACCUCAGCAGGAAGUAUUCCGUGUGGUUUAAGUACUCCUGCUCCCGGGACACCCUUUCCAGAUCAGCCAGGAUGUUUGGAAAUUUGCUACAAGACCCUAUUGCUCCUACCAACUCCAAUUGUCAGCAUUAUGUCUGCAAAACGUGUAAAGGCAAGAAGAUGAUGAUGAAGCCCUCGUGUAGCUGGUGCAAGGACUACGAGCAGUUUGAGGAGAACAAGCAGCUGAGCAUCCUGGUGAACUGCUACAAGAAGCUGUGUGAGUACAUCACACAGACACCGCUGGCCCGGGACAUCAUCCAGGCCGUGGAUUGCUCUGCAGACCUGCUAGCUCUGCUCAAGGAUGGGGCGCCGCUCCACGAGGAGACGGAGAAAUCCUCGGAUGCAGCCCUGGCUCUGUGUCUGACGCAUUCCCCAGUCCCUUCCACCUCGGAGCUGGCGACGGACGUGCAGGGGGGGUUCACGGCGCUGCCCGAGAGCACCCCCAGCCUGGACCUGCGGGGCUCCGUCAUCAACGGGCUGCCCCCCUGCAACGGGCUGUCGGUGGAGAAGCUCGGCGUGAGCAUCCCCUCUCCCGAGCACGCCAGCGCCAUCGAUGUGUGCGGCACCGGUGAUUACAUCAAGACAGAGGACAUCCCCAGCAGCCUGCAGCCCGUGUGUGACACGGUGGCCACCAGCGACCUGUGCCCCACGGGCAUCGACAUCUGCGGCUUCAGCGAGGACAUCAAGCCGGGCGGGUCGCUGCUGCUCAGCGUCGAGGAGGUGCUGCGCAGCCUGGAGACCGUGUCCAGCAGCGAGGUGUGCGACUCCAACCUGCAGCCCGGCUUGGAGGCAAACAUGGCCAAUGGCCCCUUCCUGCAGCUCUCCCCCCCUCCCCUCAGCCAUAACAUUUUCAUGUCCACAGAUGCUUCUCCUCAUGGGCUCUCCUGCACGGCAGCCACGCCCAAGGUGGCAAAGCUGAACAGGAAGCGCUCUCGCUCCGAAAGCGACAGUGAGAAGGUUCAGCCUCUGCCCAUCUCCAGCAUCAUCUGCGGCCCGACGCUGGGAGCAUCGGCUCCUGUGACAGUCAAACAGGAAAAUAAAAUGUCUUUGCAGCCUAUUGCGACUGUACCUAAUGGAGGAACUACUCCCAAAAUCAGUAAAACUGUGCUCCUGUCUAACAAAAGCAUGAAAAAGAACUUAGAACAUGCCCCUAAGAAAUCCCACCCAAAAGCCAAACCAGGGGUGCUGAAAACAAAAGAUAAGGCAAAGGAGAAAGUUCCCAGCAGUAAUGUUAUGCCAGGAAGCCCAACAAAAACUGUGUACAAAAAGCCACAAGAAAAGAAAGGGUGUAAAUGUGGUCGUGCCACCCAAAAUCCAAGUGUUCUUACAUGCCGUGGCCAACGCUGCCCUUGCUACUCUAACCGCAAAGCCUGCCUUGACUGCAUAUGCCGUGGCUGCCAAAACUCCUACAUGGCUAACGGGGAGAAGAAGCUGGAGGCCUUUGCAGUGCCAGAAAAGGCCUUGGAGCAGACUCGGCUUACUUUGGGCAUUAAUGUGACAAGCAUUGCCGUGCGCAAUGCCAGCACAAGCACCAGUGUAAUCAAUGUGACAGGGUCACCAGUAACGACGUUUUUAGCUGCCAGUACACACGAUGAGAAAAGUUUGGAUGAAGCUAUAGACAUGAGAUAUGACUGUUAAACCUUUCUUUCUUUUCCCUGCCAUCCGUAGGGGAACUGCUACAGGUUUAAGGCAGCUAUGGUUCUGUUUAACUUGCUGGAGCUCCUGCGUUUAGAUCACUUGUAUCAAGUGUUUUUCAUGGCUAUGUUCUGUGUAUUAGUGUCUGGGAAAUAGUUGCAGAUAAUGGAGGAGUUACCCUAAAACUGUUUUAGUUCUUACAGCACCUCAUAGUUUGAGAUCGAUUGCUGAUGUAAAUGAUUUUAUCACACGAUCUUCUGACAAGGAAUAUAUUUGACCUCAUUGUACUUGCUCAUGCUUUGUGCUCAGUCAAAGCUUCAGCUUCGGUGUAGCAUCCAGAUAGUGCAUCUCAGCUGUGCUAGAUGAUGGUGUAGAAUAAUCAUUUGAUGGGUUACCGUCACCACGAGCAGGAAAUGACCUGACAUUCCUGUGGGAAGGGCCGCACUGAGCUGGGGGAUACACUCCGGAAAGGGUGGGUAGUGCAGAUUGUGAGAAUUGGUUGUGCCCUCUACUAAACAGCGUACAGUUAAAAAAAGAUUCAUAAAUAAUACUGAGCAAGCUGGUGGGUCAAAAGGCAUCUCAGGCUGCAGGCGAGGCUCAGGAGGGUUGGGUGGAUGCAAAGGUCGAGCUCCAGAUUGGAUACCCCAUCCUGGUAAUGACAUCAUCCUUGGGGUGUGUCUUCCUGACACUUCACAGGUCAUGUCCCUGCUCAGUUGCCCCUCUGUGCCAGCCCCCUGUGUGUGACAAGUCGCUGAGGGGCUGGGCUGCAGGAGAACAUCACUGGUACCCUACGAAGGCUCAAGUUCUGUUAGCACCAUCCUCUCCCUUUCCCAAGUUCCUGCUGUCUUACUGCUGUUGCUUCUAGGGUGGAGAAGGGGUUUUGUGGAUUACAGGGAGCCCUUGGCUGAUUUUCUCCCCUCUGGUGCUGAUCAGUGCCAGGGUUACCACCACUGGGGGGUUGCUUUAUCAGGUUUGUAACAGAGCUGGGACCCCUCCUGCAGAGUUGAGUUCCCCAGUGACAGGCACCUCCCAGACAGGGCACAGGAUCGAGGGUGAUCAAAGGUCAUAUUUUUGGGGUGUUUGCUAAACAGAAUAAGCUAUAUAUAACUCACUCCACCCUGAACCUAUCUCAUUUUUUGCUAAAAUGUUGAAAGCAGCUUUUGAAGGUCAUUUCAGCCUGGGCCAAAAGGCUUGAAAAUAGAAAAAUAACACAAAGUUGUCGAGCUUAUCUGGAAAAGUGUUACAGUGAAAGAAUUCCUCUUAGGAAUUCAGCUUUGUGCAAAAAUAGUUUAUUUCAGCGCAAUCCCUAAAUAAGAGUGCAGGCACAAGAUUUAGUUGUGCCUUCAGGGCUUCAUUGGAAGCCUAAGAAGUUGAGAUUUCUUUGUGAAAGCAGAAAUUCUCUUGGAAUUAUAGAGCACAACCCGAACAUGGGCUGAUUUGAACACAAACAUUAGUGUCUGAUUUUAAAGGCCAUUCCGUUUCAGCAGCAUGUUAAAUAGUGUGGAUUUUUUUAGUUCCUUUUCCUGCUUCCAUCUUCCCUUUUCCUCAGGCAAGAGCCCCCGUGGUGCUUUCCGGCCCGGCGCUGGGUGUGCUUUGAUUUGGCACAAAGCACGUACAAUGACGGUUCCUCACCGAGAAAUGAGCAAAACCCUUUGGACACAAAUGGCACCUCCUUUUGUUUUGUAGUGUACCAUGGUGUCAUUUUCUGUGAAUGUGAUCAGAGCUUUUUGUUGGUUUCGGUUUGUUUCUCCCCCCGUCUUUUUUGUGGGGUGGGCAGGGUGGGGGGUUAAAGCCAUAGGAAGAAAAAUGUGAUGUAUGUGUCCAGUCUGUACUUUUUUGUUUUUGUUUUGCAAGAAGAGUUGAAAAAUAUUUUUGAUAAUGAGUAAAUGGUGGAAAAUGCUUCUUAGUAUUCUUGUCUUUAUUUGCCAACCCAAGUACCUAAGAUCUGUGUUUUUUAGCCCUCAUGAGAUUUAACGAUGUCCUAUUAAAAUGUAUUUAGUUAAACUUGUAUGUGAUUUUUGUGUUGACCCAGAGGGAUCCUACCAGUCUCUAAUUUGGUGGUUUGAUCGUGACCUACUAAUGUAAAUCUGUUUAUUAGUCCACUACGUGUAAGCGAAGUAGCGACCCGGAGUCUGGGAGUGGCUGCACAGCACGGGUUGUGUCAGAAUGCUUUUGCAGAGCUGUUCAGUUUUGCCAAGAUUGUUGAUGGUACAUUUUUAGGACUUUCAUUAAAUUAAAUACAAAGUACCUUUGCUCCAGAAAUGUGGGAGUAUUUGGAAUCUUUACUAUCUCACUGCUGCAUUCAAUGUGGUACCAAAAGUUGGAUAACUUAGGUCAAGAGUGUUUCGGAGCGUCAACAGGAGAGCCCUGAUGGUUAAUGUAAAACUGCAAAUGGUAGAUUCAGGUUGUUUCUAAAAACAUUUCCUUUUAUGCUGCCACAUUCUUGAAAUGUAUAUUAAAAUUCAAAUUGAUUUAAUAAAUGUUAGUUUUCUAAUUCUA